UGUUUUUUUUUUGUUUAUGUUUCUUUUUAGCAAUGGCUGAAAGAAAGGAAGACUUUGAUAUAGCACUAUAUAACAUCAUAUUACUGGGGAAAACUGGAAAUGGCAAAAGUGCUACAGGAAAUACAAUUUUAGGAAACGAUUUAUUUCACUCAAAGGCAAGUACAGCCUCCUGCACUAAAUGCUGCACCCUGGAGUGCGCCCAAUUCCUCCAUCAAGAUGGUGCUGUUUUAGUACGUGUUGUAGACACUCCAGGGCUGAUAGACACAGUGGACUCUCAGGCCGACAUUUUAUGUAGAAUCUGCGAAGCCAUGAGUUUGUGUCCUGAGGGUUUCAACGCUCUCGUCAUUGUAUUGAGAUUUGCAAGCAGGUGGACAAAGGACGAGCUAGAAGCUUUAAGAAUCCUCAAACGUACUUUUGGGCCUGAGCUUAUGAAAUACUGCAUAAUUAUUAUGACACAUGGGAUGAAUUUUGACACAGAGUACGAAAAUAAGCCAGACAAUUUAACAUUUAUGGAAUGGUGUAAAGAACAAACGAAUCCACCCGAACUCUUUCAACUAUUUCAAGAAUGUGAUUACAGAAUAGUCCUAUUCUAUAACAAAGGGAAGUAUGAAAAGGAGAAAAAAGAAUCUGUCGCUAAAUUUUGGGAGCUCAUUGAGAAAAGACAAGGCCGCUACACCAAUCUUCAUUUUUCCAAAUGUGUAGAAGAAAGAGAGAAACUGAUACUGGAACUGAAGCUUCCACAGCUGAAACCGAAAAUUCAAGAAAAAAUAAGUUUAUUGAAAGGAGAGUUACUAAAAGCCAUGGAAAGUGAUCAAGUCAGAAACGUUCUGCCAUUUAAAAAACGAGCUAAACAACUGAUUGAGGAACUCAAGAAAGAGAACAGGGGAAACAGUUUAGAUGACUUUACAGACACCUUAGAAAACGUGAUUUUGGAAGUUGAUGAAAUUCAAAAUAUUGAUGCGGCCGAGCGAAACAGAUAUUUUAAAUUAGUGGAUAAAUAUUUAAGGAAGAAAAGUUAUUUGGAAGGAUUUGAAUUUCCCAAGACCGUUUGGAGAUGCAUAGUUGAGUUUUUUCAUAUGGUUACGAAUCCCUCAUAUUAUAUUGAUAAACAAGUAGUUUAUAUUGCAAUAAAAACACACGUAGCUGCCCUUGAAAAACAAAUAAAAGACAUAAAAGACAAACUUAAAAAAUCUUUAUCCCAACGAAGGCUUCCAUAUAAGGAAGUUACAGAAGUAGGCCUAAGUCAUCAAUUAGAGGACAAGGGGAUGUUCGAGAAUGUAUCCUUCUAACCCAGUGGUUCUCAAACUGGGGUCCGCGACACGAACAAAAGAGGUCCACAAGAAGAUGAAUAUUGUAUACAAUUAAAAUAACAUUUUCGCUAAACGCCCCUUUAUCCGAUCGGAUAAUUUGAAUAAUAAUCAGCUCGCCCUCUCACUACUGUUUAAUAUGUCUAUUACGUACUAUUCUAUGUCGACCUAAACUAAAGAUUUGAAAACAUUCUUCACUUCGGUUAUUGAACACUUUCUCGUGGACAUACUAAGAUCCCUAUCACUGAUGAGUCCAUGCUAAUGCAGGAGAAGCCUAUUGAAAUAUCCACAAAAGAGGAACUGAGACCAAUGUCUGAUCAAAGAUACCCACAAGGACUGGCUACAUAAACAGAUUCCAAUUUUUAUCCUGCAUUACGGGUCAUUGUACAGAAGUCUCUCCCGUCUUCUUGUUUGGUACAACGUGGAUUCAUUGUCAUAAUGAACCUCAUCACAAAUAAAUAAAAAAAAACGGACUAGAAAUGUGUGCUCGUUGAGCCGAGAGUAAAUACACUCACCAUUCUCAUCAGACUCAUUCUCAUCUUUAAUUUUAAUCUAGUUCUAGACUUAGAUCUUGAAUCUAGAUUUAGAUCUAAAACUAGGUCUAGAUCUAGCUAGAUCUAUGUCUAGUUUGUAUGACAAAUGACAAUGGAGAUAUUAAUUUUUAUUUGCGAGGGGCAAGUCUUAAGUAAGUCAAGAAUUUUUUUUUUCGUGUUGUCAAUUUAUCUAAUUUUGUUGGAAGAAUAUAUCUUUUUUAGUUUCUUUUUCUUACAUGUAACAUGUUAUUAAUUUUGAAUGUAUGGAAUAAUAAUUAUUAUUUUGAAAAAUAUUAGUGUACGCUAAAUGAUUAUAUGGAGAAGCUGUGGCUAAGUGGGGUAAAGCACUUGGAACCGGAAGUCCAGUGUUCGAAUCCUAGUGAAGACUCUAGGACCCUGGUGGACCACUCAGGGGCCGAUUUUGAGUUUGUGUUUCCACACAAACUGUCUUUGUAACCUUGUUACAUUUGAAAUGUAUAUACUAUGCAUUUAUGUAGCUUUUUCACUUAGGAAUCCGUGUGUAAGUUUUGAUUAUAUAAAGAGAUCCCCGGGUUAAAACAGUUUGAGAACCUCUGUCUUAAAUAAUAAGAAAAUGGGUAAGGUUUGAACCGGCUCUGUUGCUUCUAGGCAGACGAUUGGACUUGUUACAAUCAUCUGGCCACUAAAAUUGUAUUUUUUCAACAAGAAAAGUUUGGUUCUUUUCCUUUCUUUAAUCAAUAAAAGAUGGUAGUGAAACUUUUAAACUACACAUGCUUUUGUUAUUAAAUAUAGUGUAAAGAAAUAUCAUAAGUUAAGGCUACUCUUAAUGACGAGCUCGCAUACCAACUAUAAUAAUAUAAAAAAAGAGUCCUAUCAAUCAUUUUGAGACAGUUUGGAAAUCAAGGUGCAUAACACACGAGGAAAAAAAAUUUAUAUAGUUACAAUGAGUGUCAAAUUAACAACAAUAUAACAUGCAGAACAAUAUUUAUAAGUUGAAGUGCAUCAAUUACAAUUUAUAAUUGCUCUACUUAUAAAAUUUCUGCGACGAGAGGUCCUGGUUUUCUUUUACACGAGCCCCCAACUGUAAGGAACUCCAGGAUUAUUAACAGUCCCCAAAGGUAAAGGACUGGGGUCGAGUUCUUUACUGCAGACAUAUAGCUCGAUAGUCUAGGGUAUGAUUCUCACAUGCAGACCUUUACAUGUAUAAAUAUUAUACAAUACACUCAACGAAGGAGUAUAAAAUUAGUAUUUAUUUACAGCCAACAGCAAGUACACAUAUAAUUUUGAAUGCAUCAUAAUCAAUAACUGAAAUACUAAAUGUGCCCGAAUUAAUACUACAGGGCGCUUAGACUAGGUUCAAUUAACAUAGGCCAUCAAUGCCACCAUAAUAUUACCCCCAACUAGUUCGUUCACACACAUAGCAAGAACAAUAAUAUAAGUUAUAACAUCGCCUUACGCUAGGCAUAAACAAACUGAUAAUAAUCACAAGCACCCUACUCAGACCAGGUCAGCUCUCCAACUGCUAGACUGACCGCUAGAAAACCUUAUUGUCCCCCCUUGAAAAAUCCCGUGAUAAAAACAAUUCACACACCAACUAAUAAAAUAAACAAACACAAUC